AUGGACAACUCUACAGGCACUGGCGACGUCAGUAAGACUGAUCAGACACCACCCAUCAGCACCACCAGCGGCUCGAAUAUCAUGCGUUCUUCAGAGGAUGAUGGGGGCAACACAGUCGCCGCGCAAGCUCCACCACUCACCGCAAGCAAUGAGCGCGAGGAGGUGACGCGCUCACAGGAUGGGAUUGCGGGCAAGGGCGUUCCCGAGCAAUAUUUGAUUCCAGAAAAGGACGUCAAAUCUCCGGAUCUCACCGAGCGCGAUGUGGUCUCGCAGGCUAUGGAGCUCCCGCYUGAUCUCGAGACUCUCGAUCCGGAGAGCGACUUCCGCAAGGUAACCGUCGAUCAGGAGAGCUACAUCCGCCCAUCUCAGGGUCGUCCAGUUGGGUCUGGCUUGCACCCGAACCUGCCAACGAGGAUCAAAGAGAUGGUGGAGUCGCAAGCUAAUCCCGAAGGCACUUCCAUACACAGUCUUGCAGUCGAAGAGACACACCCACAAGCCGCCGAAAUCAUCCGCCAAGUCGAGUACUAUCUGAGCGAUGGGAACUUGGCAACCGAUGCGUACUUGUUGCCUUCAACCGGUGUCCAUGGCACGGGUUGGACCUCACUCAACAAAAUCUUCGGAUUCAAGAAGAUGAAACAAUACAAGCCCCCGCGCCUGGCCAAGGCGGCGCUCAGAGGAAGCACAGUGCUUGAAGUCGAUGCCAAGCUGAAGAAUGUCAGACGUAGAACUGCCUUGACCGUGCCAGUACAAAUCAUCCCGAAGAAAUCAGACGAGAGCAGAAAGGCCCAAAUCCUUAUUGAGAAGCCAUGGUUGACCAAGAAUAUGCUCAAGCAGACGGGCUUCGAGGCGGGAAUCACUGAGGGCCCAAUGAGACCUGAGGAGGCCGAGGCAGAGCGACAGCUGUUUGAUCCCAAUGAGGCGUUCACCACUCGCAUCGAUCAUGGUAUUGCGAGAUACAUGUCGAAGCGCAAGAUGCAUCAAGAGAACCUGAGGGUCUUUUCGAAAUACCUGCUCUUCGGCGGAUUUGACGGCAAUCAGCGCCAAUUCACUGGCGGAUUUGAUGAGMCUGAUCUCGAGAACUACACCAAGGAUGAGAUCAUGCAGAUGAAGGCAACCUUUGGCGUCUCCGAGCGCGUUUGGGACGGCCUAGAAGACGACCAGGAAGGUGGUGCGACGUGGAUCGUUGACUUUGAAGGCAUGACCAAGGCGUUCUUCUCCUCUCACCUGCUCCAGCACUUCGUGUGGACAGAUAAGGCGGUGACCGACAAUGCAGCAGACAUCAUCACCAAUUUCCUCAACUACCUUCUCUACCAUGGGGUGUGCCCGGAAUACGAAGACGAGCUCCUCAAGGCACGGCACGUUUGCGCAGCCGCGCGACAUGAGCUACCCAAACUUGCGGCCGCAAGUCGGAAUCUACCCGGCGACUUCAAUACGGCCUGUUCCACCUUGCUCGACGGAUACUCUGCGGGGCGUCGUAUUCUCGAUCCAAAUGCCCCUUGGGUUCACCGAGACGAUCCCACGGGCAUGUCUAUUGUCUCGGCGAAGAACAUCUAUCAUACCGCACUUUUGGCGCAUUGCUCAGAUGAGCACUACGCGCAAUUCGUGCAAGCAGACAAUAAUGGCACUCUCACCAGCACUGACGAACAUCAGACUGGUCUGGAAGUCGUCGAAUUACAGCUUCCUAACGAUCAAGUUAAGAGCCUAUACAAGGAGGCAAGCAGCAACAACGACAUCAUCCACCCGACAGGAAAGCUGAUCUGCAAGCGUUGGGUUGCGCGUGGACCUCCCAGACUUGACAUUCCCAAGGAAGUUAUCGCUCGCAGAGAGGCGAGCAUGCCCAAGAGAUAUGACUUCCUGGUUGAUGAGAAUGUGCUGAGCUCGUGCUAUGUUGGUUUGAAGCUUGAGGCUACUGUGAUGAAAUUCAACGUCGGCGACAUCAGCUAUAUCGAUCGCGUGCAGUAUGUCUACCCAAGCUUCUUUACCUGGACGUUGAAUGAGUGUGUUCCAGAAUUUGCUCGCUCGGGACCGCCCAAGGACUGGAUGGUGCGCCAAAACGAAAGGARCAUGUCGGAUGAUGGGUCCGAGAGGGCGGAGACUGAUGCUGAUGGCAAGACGAUCGCAGAGCAUGCAGGUGGUGAGGCUUCUGAGGUUGGGAAUGGGCAUGAGGAGAGUACCGCUCCUGCUGAUGAGGAGACACCAGAUUGA